CGCGCUGGGAAUGGGGGGAUGAGGUGAAAUUAAAGGAGUUAAAUUAGAAAUUAAAAUGAGGGUUGGUGGAAAAGCUCCUGACAAAUUCUUCAUCCUUUCACGUGAAUUAUCCAUGGGUUAAGAAAGGAAAGGGAUGGGAUUUUCCUGAUUUUUAAUCCUGGCUUGGAAAAUUAGGAAAAAUUCCAAACAAACGGAGCUGGGAUUUGCCCUUCCAUGAAUUUUUUUGCCUUUUCCAAUCUUUAAAUGGAAGGUUCCCUGCCCACGGAGCAGGGCUGGAGCUCAAUCUCUGAGGUCCUUCCAAGCCCAAGAAUUCCAUGGAAAACUCAUCCAGAGUUUUUGUUAAUAGGAACCACCGCUCCUCCAACUCCAAAGAAUUCAGGGAAUGAGCAGAGAUCCCAGGAGCACGGAAUCUGUCACCCAAGAAUCCGCAGGAAAUCUUCUCCUGGUGCCCAGGAGUGACUGUGGAUACACAAAAUCCUCUUCCCAAAUCCCUGAGAGGACAAAUUCCCUGUUCCAAAGGACAAAUUCCCUGUUCCAGAGAACAAAUUCCCUAUUCCAGAGGACAAAUUCCCCAUUCCAGAGGAAAAAUUCCCUAUUCCAGAGGACAAAUUCCCCAUUCCAGAUGUUAAAUUCCCUUUUCCAGAAGAUAAAUUCCCCUUUCCAGAAGACAAAUUCCCCAUUCCAAAGGACAAAUUCCCCGUUCCAAAGGACAAAUUCCCUGUUCCAAAGGAUAAAUUCCCUAUUCCAGAUGUUAAAUUCCCCGUUCCAGAGGACAAAUUCCCCAUUCCAGGGGGCAAAUUCCCCAUUCCAGGGGGCAAAUUCCCCAUUCCAGAUGUUAAAUUCCCCUUUCCAGAAGACAAAUUCCCCAUUCCAGAUGUUAAAUUCCAUUUUCCAGAAGACAAAUUCCCCAUUGCAGAUGUUAAAUUCCCCAUUCCAGAUGUUAAAUUCCAUUUUCCAGAAGAUAAAUUCCCCUUUCCAGAAGACAAAUUCCCCAUUCCAAAGGACAAAUUCCCCUUUCCAGAAGACAAAUUCCACAUUCCAAAGGACAAACUCCCUGUUCAAGAGGACAAAUUCCCCAUUCCAGAGGACAAAUUCCCUUUUCCAGAUGACAAAUUCCCCAUUCCAGAUGUUAAAUUCCCCAUUCCAGAUGUUAAAUUUCCUACUCCAAAUGUUAAAUUCCCCAUUCCAGAUAUUAAAUUCCCCGUUCCAGGGGACAAAUUCCCCAUUCCAGAUGUUAAAUUCCCUGUUCCAGAUGUUAAAUUCCCCGUUCCAGAUGUUAAAUUCCCCGUUCCAGAUGUUCAGGAACCAGCCCUGUGCCAUCAUUCCUCCCUGGGAAUGUUCCUGGAGCGGGGGAAUUGCCGUGGGAAGGUUCCAGAAAUCUUUUAUCCGUCUCUCUUUCCUCGUGGCAGGGAAAUCCCGAAUCAGAAUCCAGAAUCAGGGAAUCCCAUCUCUCCCACCACCAGGAGCACUGAGACCACCCCAACCCUUCCUUUUCCCUGGAAAAAAAAUUCCCAUUCCAGAGUCAUCACUGAGCCACUGAACUCAACCAGAUCCUGGAAUUCUCAACUUCCCAAAAAAAUUCACCAAAAAUUUGGUGAAAUUUCGGUGAAAAAAAAGAGGGAGGAGAUUUCCAGGUGCAAAAAGCUCUGGAUGCAACCACGGAAUUCCAGGCUCCGUGUGGUGCCCAGGUUUGUCCUGGAUGGAACACAGAGCACGACAACACCUGGAAAAAUCCAAAAAAAUCCAAAAAGAUCCUGGAAAAACUGCAGGAAUGCUCUGUGUGGGAAUUCCCUGCCGUGGAGAAUUCCCAGGGAUUGGAUUCGGGCACCGACAGCAAAAAACGUUGAUUUUUAAUUUGUAAAAUUUGGGUUGAGUCUCUUGGAUUUAAAGGCUCUUUGUGGCCACUGAAACUUCCUGAGGAUGAGGAAGAAAAUCCCUGGAAUUCCCCCUUGGAUCAUGGAAUUCUCGGGAUAAUGAUUUUUUUUUCAAGGAAUCUUCUUUCCAAUGCCCCAAAUUGUCGCUGGUUCAGCAGGAGAGGGAGGAACACGAGCAGGAAUUCCAACCCCAGCACUGCUGGAAGCAGCAGGAAUCCAUGAAAUCCUCAGGAAUUUUUUUUGGUGGAUAUUCCAGGUUUUUCCCACCUUGGUUGCUGCUGGAAUUAUCCCAGAUCCUUGGUCAGCUCUGUUUUAAAGGGGGAAAAACUCCAAAAAAAAAAGCAAUUUUUAAAGAUUUUCCAAUUCUUUGCACCACAGAGGGAAGAAAAUCCUUGGAUUGGUGAAUUUAGAGGGAAUUCAGCCAUCCCAAAAUUCUGCAGCUCCAGAAUGCUGGAGCACAAAAACCACUGGAAUUAUUUCAUUUUUGUCCUUUUUUUAUGGAAAAGUGGCAAUGCUGAUCUCUCACAACAAAUCCUCAUCACCACACUGGGAAUUCCAGAAUUCCAACCAGGAAUUCCAGCUAAAAUCAGUUUUCCAGGGAAGAAACUGAAGGAUUUGAUGUCCACAAUCCCCUGAAUUUCUCCCAAAAAGUGUAACUGGAAUAUCUGAAAUUCCCAUUUUUUAAUGGAAGCUCAGCUGUGUUCCUUUGAACAAUUCCAGCUUUCUUGAAAUUCUAUUUUAAAUUCAUCUUUUUAUUUUAUAUUUUUUUA